AUGCUCAGGCCGCGCGCCGCGCCGCCGCCGCCGCCCGACGCCGAGGUCACGUUCGUGCUGCCGGCGGGGCGCCGCGAGUGCUUCUACCAGGGCGCGCCCGGCAACGCCUCCAUGGAGGCCGAGUACCAGGUGAUCGGCGGAGCCGGGCUGGAUGUCGACUUCUCCUUGGAGAGCCCCUCGGGGCUGCUGCUGGUCAGCGAGUACCGGAAAUCGGACGGGGUGCACACCGUGGAGCCCACGGAGGCCGGCGACUACAAGCUCUGCUUCGACAACUCCUUCAGCACCAUCUCGGAGAAGCUGGUGUUCUUCGAGCUCAUCUUCGACAGCGCCCAGGACGAUGACGACGACGCGGACAACUGGAUGGAGGCGGUGGAGCCCGAAGACAUGCUCGAUAUCAAGAUCGAGGACAUAAAGGAAUCCAUCGAGACCAUGAAGAGCCGCCUGGAGCGGAGCAUCCAGAUGCAGACGCUGCUGCGAGCCUUCGAAGCGAGGGACCGCAACCUGCAGGAAAGCAACCUGGGCCGGGUGAACUUCUGGUCGGCGGUGAACCUGGGCGUGCUCGUGGUGGUGGCCUUCCUCCAGGUGUACAUGCUGAAGAGCCUCUUCGAGGACAAGAGGCAGGUGCGGACGUAGAAGGCGGCCGGGACGGGGCUCUGCUGCCCGCAGGGACGGUACGGAGCCGACGGCAGAGCCGGAGGGACGCGCGCCUUUCCGCCCGCUCGACUGACUACAUCUCAAACUGCUGCUUCUCCCCUCCCCGCCCUGGCUGCGGGGAUUAAAACCAGCCAGAUUUUACCCCC